AUGUCCGCUCAACUACGGCCCUCAAACUCACACACACGUUCGAGGUUACGACCGAACCUCAGACGAGAGAUCCUCGGCCACCAACACAAACACCCCAGGCUGUGGAAUGGAAUCUCGAUACCGAUUUUCCAUUUCCUCGAUAAUCUGCCAGCAGAAAUCCCACGCAGCACCCGCUCAAAAUGGCUACAAAGACUUUGUCCCUAUACCGAGCUGCAAAUCGAGUACUUCCUAGAACCGCACACGCAACCAGAUGACAUGGGUGUCACUUUUUUGGAUGUGGACCGCUAUCCAACAAAGACGAAUGCUCGCCAUGCUGCUGCUUUGUGCGAGCGUAUAUCCAAGCCAACGUGGAAGCAAUUUUGUCAAUCGAGUGUUGCGCCGAUAUUCAUGCAACACAUCAACACUGUGACUUUUGCGGCGGGGAUGAAGAGUCCAUCAUACUUUUAUGUGAUUGUAAAGUUUGAUGCAGAGCACCCAAUCUGUUUGGAGAUCAAAUUCUUCGGCUUCGAAUCUGCGUACGAACGUCUGGAUGUCGAGUACUGCACGCAAGAGUUGGAAAGAGUAGCGACGAUUUGGGAGGCAAAGUACAGGGAUACUGCCAUGACUUUUGAUGUUAUAGAAAGUAUGGCAGGGGAGCUAAGGAACAUGUACCAAGAGAUGGUUUUGUAA